AUGUUUAAGUCAUUAUUAUGCAAAAAUUACUUUCUUCAACCCUUGCUCGCCAACAUAUUUUUAAAACCUCACGGAAAAAUUAGUGACUUAACAUGCGGCAGAAGUAAUAGGAAUUUAAACAGAUGGUUGAAGGACCGUAAUCAACUACGGUACAAAUCCUAUAAACGGUACCUAGAUUAUUCGAAUGUGCCUGAACUGAUCGAAAGUGACCUCGAGGAACAACAUGUUAGAGGAUCUGGACCUGGGGGUCAAGCAACCAACAAAACGUCUAAUGCAGUGGUUUUAAAACACAAACCUACCGGACUCGUAGUAAAGUGCCACGAAACGAGAAGUUUGCAGCAAAAUAGGAAAAUUGCCAGGGAAAUCAUGCUGACGAAAUUGGAUAAUCUAAUCAACAACGAAAAUUCCCUUGAAAGUCAGAAAGAAAUAUUUAUGAAACAGGAUUCUGUAAAAAAGAAACAGAAACAAAAGAAACUGACUGCCUUAAAGGAAUCUUUCAAGGAACGGGAAAAUCUCACAUAGUUACUCAUUUGAUAAAGUGUAUAAAUUGCAUUAAGUCUCUUGCUUUAGGUACUUAUGAAACAAUUACGUUAAUACGUUGAAAUACUGUGAAACGAAUUAAAAUAAAUAAAAACUAAAGUGGUAUAAUGGAAACAGAUGCAGUAUCGUAUAUAGGAUUGUCUUCGCAUACUAUAUAUACAAUAGGCGAACAAUGUGAAAGGUUAUAAAAAGCGCGUAGAACGUUUCUUUUGAUUUUAAUGGAAAAUUCAUAUCUUUAAUAGUCAUCUCUUUUUUUGUAAUCAUGAAAGGCUUACAUUACUUUUCUUCGAAAUAAAAUAUUUCGGUGGACCCUCGAGAGGGGAUUUAAUGUUUAAUGUUACAUUCAAUGAUGCAUUUUGUAACAGAACAUGAUCGAUACGCUACAAUAAAGCUUUUUAUGCAGCCUUGCGUAAUUUGAAGAUUGCUUUUGCGAAUGGAAAUCAUUUCUUUUGUACGUAACAUGUCACGCGUAUGCCCAUGCGAGGCAAAAUGAAACAAAACUCUUAUAAACACAGAUGAUACAUACAUACAAACGACAAAAUUUCUUGUUUA